AUGAGUAGGACUCUGUUGUGGUUGUUGGCCUCUCUGGCCUUUUUCUCUCUGAAUUCUCUGACUGAUGGAGCUCCAUUGAAGCUGAUGUCCGCCCCUAACGUACUGCGAGUAGGAACAGCAGAAAACAUCUUUGUAGAGUGUCAAGACUGCAUCAAUAAUAAUGACAUCCCAGUCAACAUCAACGUAAUGAACCAUCCAACCAAAACCACAAAGCUGACAUCCACAUCUGUGACCCUAACCAGCGCAAGAAACUUCCAGGAGCUCGGACAGAUAACUAUCCCUACUGGAAGCUUCAGUAAGGAUCCUACAGUGAAGCAGUAUGUAUACCUACAAGCUCAGUUCCCUGACCGACUGCUGGAGAAAGUUGUCUUAGUGUCCUUCCAGUCCGGGUACAUCUUCAUCCAGACUGACAAGACCCUCUACACCCCCAACAGCAAAGUUCAUUUCAGGAUGUUUGCAGUGACGCCCCGAAUGGAGCCCGUAGAGAGGGAUGCCGAAACUCAAACUGAUGCUUCUAUUGCCAUCGAGAUUGUGACCCCUGAAGGCAUCGUUUUACCACUUGAGCCAGUCUCUUUGAAAUCAGGGAUCCACUCUGGAGUUUUCCAACUUGCUGAAAUUGUCAGUCUCGGAGUGUGGAAAGUGGUGGCGAAGUUUCAGAGUAACCCACAGCAGAGCUAUUUUACAGAGUUUGAGGUCAAAGAAUAUGUGCUGCCCAGUUUUGAAGUUAAACUGAUGCCUGUAACCUCCUUCUUCUACGUGGACAGUCAAGAGCUCAUCGUCAACAUCAAAGCUACGUAUCUGUUUGAUCAAGAGGUGAAUGGGACAGCCUAUGUGGUGUUUGGGGUUAUGCAAGAGGGUCGUAAGAAGAGCUUUCCAAGUUCUCUUAAGAGAGUGCAGAUAGAAGGAGGUAUUGGAGUGGUCACACUGAAGAGAGAGCACAUCACACAGACUUUCCCAAACAUCCUUCAACUUGUGGGGAGUUCCAUAUAUGUAUCUGUCAGUGUGCUGACGGAGAGCGGUGGUGAAAUGGUGGAGGCGGAGUUGAGAAGUAUCCAGAUUGUUACAUCACCUUACACUAUCACCUUUAAGAAAACGCCCAAAUAUUUCAAACCAGGAAUGUCCUUCAAUGUUGCGGUUGAAGUUUUGAAUACUGACGGCACUCCGGAAAAAGGUGUUCCAGUAGAGGUCGACCCAGGCCAGGUGCAGGCUUUAACCCGAGCCAAUGGCAUGGCAAAGCUUACUAUAAAUACAAUGACAAUGGGCCAAAGUCUGACAAUUACCGCAAGAACCAAUGAUCCUCGUAUUUCACAUGAAAGGCAAGCAUCAGCCACCAUGGUAGCACUCCCAUAUCACUCUCAAAGCAAAAGCUACAUUCACUUGGGUGUGGAUACAGCUGAGCUGGAAUUAGGGGACACCCUGAAAGUCAACCUCAUCCUCCUAAGGCAGGAAAAACAUAACAUUGACAUCACAUAUCUGAUCCUGAGCAGAGGUCAAGUGGUGAAAAAUGGCCGUUUCAAGACAAGCGGCCAAAUACUAAUUUCCCUUACAGUCACUGUUACCAAAGAAAUGCUGCCAUCGUUCCGCAUCAUAGCCUACUACCACACAGAUGGCAAUGAAGUGGUAUCAGACUCUGUUUGGGUGGAUGUAAAGGACUCCUGCAUGGGCUCGCUGAGGCUGGAAUCAUCCAAACCCAAUCCAUCCUAUGAGCCUCGCAGGAUGUUUGGUCUUAAGGUCACUGGAGACCCAGGGGCCACAGUGGGACUGGUGGCAGUUGACAAAGGCGUCUACGUCCUAAACAACAAGUCCCGUCUCACCCAGAAAAAGGUGUGGGAUAUUGUAGAGAAGUACGACACAGGCUGCACACCAGGUGGAGGGAAGGAUGGCAUGAGUGUGUUCUAUGAUGCUGGGCUGUUGUUUGAGUUCAACGCAGGUUUGGGGACUCCCUACAGACAAGAAUUGAAAUGCCCAACCCCCAGCAGGAGGAAACGAGCUGCAACUAUUACGGACGUGACAACCAGUUUAGUGAGUCAAUAUCAAGACGAACUGCAACGUGACUGUUGUUUGGAUGGCAUGAGGAACACCCCCCUCUCAUACACCUGUGAGAGGCGCAGCGAGUACAUCAGUGAUGGUGCAGCCUGUGCCGCAGCCUUCCUACACUGCUGCAAGGAGAUGGAAUCCCAGCGAGCUGAGAUGAAGGAGGAUAGUCUCCUACUGGCUCGCAGUGAGGAGGAUGACAGUUACAUGGACAGCGAUGAAAUUAAUUCUCGCACCGAGUUCCCUGAAAGUUGGCUGUGGAUGGAUAUCAAACUGCCUCCUUGUCCUCCACAAACACCUAACUGUGACCCCACAACAUUUACAAAAAAUGUUCCUUUGAAAGACUCUAUCACAACCUGGCAGUUCACUGGCAUUAGUCUGUCAAUAACUCACGGAAUCUGUGUUGGCGAGCCAUUAGAGGUCAUUGUCCGAAAGGAAUUCUUCAUUGAUCUCAGGCUGCCGUACUCUGCUGUCCGUGGAGAACAGCUGGAAAUUAAGGCAAUCCUCCACAACUACAGCCCUGAUCCUGCCAUCGUGCGUGUGGAUCUGACUGAGGUGGAACAUGUGUGCAGUUCAGCCUCUAAACGUGGAAGAUAUCGCCAGGAAGUCAAAAUGGGGGCCCAAACUACACGAGCUGUACCUUUCAUCAUUAUUCCCAUGAAAGAAGGAACAUUUAGCAUUGAGGUCAAAGCAGCUGUUAAAGAUUCUUCGCUCAAUGAUGGAAUCAUGAAGAAGCUGCUGGUGGUGCCUGAAGGCGUACUGGUUAAAUCUCCUCAGAUUAUAAUUCUAGACCCCACUCAUAAAGGUGUAGGUGGUAAACAAGAAGUAAUUCUCAACAGUGGAAUUUCUUUAAAAGAUUUGGUUCAAAACACACCUACUAGCACACAGAUCUCUGUAACAGGGAGAGAACAAGUGUCUGCACUGGUGGAGAAUGCCGUUAGUGGGAAUUCUAUGGGUACCCUUAUUGUCCAGCCCGGCGGUUGCGGAGAGCAGAACAUGGCUGGCAUGACCCUACCGGUCAUUGCAGCCACAUAUUUGGAUAAAACCAACCAGUGGGAAACUGUGGGAUUUCAGAAACGUGGCGAAGCCCUCCAAUACAUCAAGACUGGUUACCAGAAUGAGCUUGCCUACCGUAAAAAUGAUGGCUCUUUUGCUGUGUGGAUGAAAAAAGAGAGCAGCACCUGGUUGACAGCUUAUGUUGCCAAGGUGUUUGCCAUGGCGAACACUCUGGUGGAAGUGCAAAGUGAACACAUCUGUGAAGCCAUCAAGUUUCUGAUUCUCAAGGCACAGCAACCUGACGGAAUGUUUCGAGAGAUUGGAUUUGUGUUAAGUAACGCAAUGCGUGGUGGGACGGUAGGAAGAGAGUCAGAUGCCUCCAUGACGGCCUUCUGCCUUAUUGCCAUGCAGGAGUCCCGCACACUAUGUGCUGACAGUGUUAAUAGUCUGCCAGCCAGUAUAGACAAAGCUGUGGCCUAUCUGGAAAGACGUUUGCCCCACCUCACCUACUCAUAUGCUGUUGCUGUGACGUCAUAUGCCCUGGCCAAUGAAAACAAACUGAACAAAGACAUCCUCAACAACUUUGCUUCCCCAGAAUUGUCCCACUGGCAGACACCUAAGGGAUAUGUUUACACACGGGAGGCCACAGCUUACGCUCUUCUCGCUCUGGUCAGGGCCAAGGCAUUUGAAAACGCCAGACCUGUUGUGAAGUGGUUCAACUACGAGGUGGAGGCUGAUGGAGGCUAUGGAUCAACUCAGGCUACUAUAAUUGUGUACCAAGCUUUAGCGGAGUACUGGACUAAUGCGAAUGAUAACUCUGGGGAUAAUAAUCUGAAUGUGAACAUCUUCUUGCCGGACAAGUCAAAGCCUGACAAGUUCAAUUUCUACAAAGUCAUCUGCAACACAGACAUCAGCAGCGACACCGGCGGGGAACCCGGUGGGGACACUGGCGUCAAAAACGGCGGCAAGAGCAGCGUCAAGAGCGGCGGCAAGAGCGGCGGCAAACGCGGCGGCAAGAGCGGCGCCAAGCGCGGCGCCAAGAGCGGCGGCAAGAGCGGCGGCAAGAGGGGUGGCAAGAUCACUGGCAAGACCAGAACAACUAAAAUCAACGGUAUAAACCAGGAUGUAAAAGUAAUUGCCACGGGCACAGGGGAAGCAAUGGUGAAAAUGGUGUCGCUGUAUUACGCUCUGCCUAAAGAAAAAGAGAGUGACUGUCAGAAGUUUAACUUGUCAGUGCAGCUCGUCCCAGACGUGGAUGGGAUGGCCUAUGGGGUAUUUGGAGUCAUGCACGGGGGUCACAAAAAUAGCUUUCCCAGCUCGCUUCAGAGAGUGCCAAUAAAGGGAGGGAAUGGAGUGGUCACUUUGAAGAGAGAACACAUCACACAGACUUUCCAGAACAUCAGUGACCUGGUGGGGAGUUACAUAUUUGUAGCUGCUGGUGUGCUGACAGAGAGCGGCAGUGAAAUGGUGCAGGCAGAGUUGAGAGGUCUCCAGAUUGUUAAAUCACCCUACACCAUCCACUUCAAGAGAACGUCCAAAUAUUUCAAACCAGGAAUGUCGUUUUACGUUGUGAUUGAAGUUGUGAAUCCUGACAGCAGUCCGGUACAAGGUGUUGUAGUGGUGGUCGAUCCGGGUGACGUGCAGGGCCGCACUUCAGCCAAUGGAAUGGCUAGGCUUUCCAUCAAUACACAGGAAAAUUCUGAACCAUUGACAGUGACAGCAAAGACCAAGGAUCCUCGUAUUUCAUCUGAAAGACAAGCAUCAGCCAACAUGACAGCUAUCCCAUUCAGCACGGACAGCAACAGUUACCUCCACAUAGGUGUGGAUAAAGCUGAAGUAACAUUAGGAGACAACGUGAAAAUCACCCUCCACUUCAACAGGCAGGAAAGUUCAGAAAAAGAUAUCACAUACCUGAUCCUGAGCAGAGGUCAGCUGGUGAAACAUGGACGUUACAGGAACACAGGUCAAAUGCUGAUAUCCAUGAUAGUUACCAUUACCAAAAACAUGCUGCCAUCGUUCCGCAUCAUAGUCUACUACCAUCCAAAUGACAAUGAAGUGGUAUCGGACUCUGUUUGGGUGGAUGCAGAGGACUCCUGUAUGGGCUCGUUGAAGUUGGAACCAGACAAACCCAAGUCAUCCUAUGAGCCUCGCAAGAUGUUUAAUCUGAAAGUCACUGGAGACCCAGGAGCCACAGUGGGACUGGUGGCAGUUGACAAAGGCGUCUACGUCCUAAACAACAAGCAUCGUCUCAACCAAAAAAAGGUGUGGGACAUGAUAGAGACCUAUGACACUGGCUGCACACCAGGUGGAGGGAAGGAUGGUAUGGGUGUGUUCCAUGAUGCUGGCCUGUUGUUUGAGUCCAACAUGGCUUCUGGGACUCCUUAUAGACAAGAAUUGCAAUGCCCAACCCCCAGCAGGAGAAAACGAGAUGCCUCUAUAAUGGACGUCACAACCAGCUUAGCAAGUCAGUAUGAAGACCAACUGCAACGUGACUGUUGUUUGGAUGGCAUGAGGAACACCCCCCUGUCAUACACCUGUGAGAGGCGCAGCGAGUACAUCAGUGAUGGUGCAGCCUGUGCCGCAGCCUUCCUACACUGCUGCAAGGAGAUGGAAACCCAGCGAGCUGAGAUGAAGGAGGAUAGUCUCCUACUGGCUAGCAGUGAGCAGGAUGACACUUACAUGGACAACAAUGAAAUUGUUUCUCGCACCAAGUUCCCUGAAAGUUGGCUGUGGACAGAUAUGAAACUGCCUCCUUGCCCUGAGACAAAACCAAACUGUGACACCACAUCAGUGAUUAAAAAUGUUCCUUUACAAGACUCAAUAACAACCUGGCAGUUCACUGCCAUUAGUCUGUCACGAACGUACGGUAUCUGUGUGGCUGAUCCGUUAGAAGUCAUUGUCCGGAAGAACUUCUUCAUAGAUCUCAGGCUGCCGUACUCUGCUGUCCGUGGAGAACAGCUGGAAGUUAAAGCUGUCCUCCACAACUACAGCCCCGACCAUGUUACCGUACGUGUGGAUCUCAUUGAUGUGCCACAUGUGUGCAGUGCAGCUUCUAAGCGUGGAAAGUAUCGCCUGGAGGUUAAAGUUGGACCCAAAGCUACAAAAUCUGUGCCUUUCAUCAUUAUUCCCACAAAGGAAGGGCAAUAUCACAUUGAGGUCAAAGCAGCUGUUAAAAACUCAUUAGUCAAUGAUGGAAUCAUGAAGAUGCUGCAUGUGGUGCCUGAAGGUUUACUGAUAAAAUCUCCUCAUAUUGUAACCCUAGAUCCUGCAAUAAAAGGUGUAGAUGGUAAACAAGAAGAAAUUCUCAACAGUGGAAUUCCUAAGAAAUAUGUUGUUCCAAACACACCUACUAGCACACAGAUCUCUGUGACAGGAAGAAGGAGUAAAAAUGAACUAAAGAAUGAUAUUACUGGUAAAUCUAUGGUCAGUCUGAUCAAAGAGCCCUCAGGCAGUGGAGAGGAGAACAUGAUCCACAUGACCUUACCUGUUAUUGCAGUCACAUAUUUGGACAAAACCAACCAGUGGGAUCCUGUGGAGAUUGAGAGACGUAAUGAAGCCCUCCAACACAUCGAAACAGGUUACCUGAAUCAACUUACUUACCGUAAAAACGAUGGUUCUUUUGCUGUGUAUCCUGAUCAUGGAAGUAGUACCUGGCUGACAGCCUAUGUUGCCAAGGUGUUUUCCAUUGCCAGCAACCUCGUGGCAGUGCAGAGAAAAGACAUCUGUGAUGCUGUUAAGUUUCUGAUUCUCAACAUAAAGCAAUCGGACGGCUUUUUUACAGAAGUUGAAGAGGUGUCCCACAGAGAGAUGACUGGUGAUGUCCACGGCAGAGAUUCAGACGCCUCAAUGACUGCCUUCUGCCUCAUUGCUAUACAGGAGUCUCGCACACAAUGUACUGCCACUGUAAAUAGUUUGCAAGACAGUAUAGACAAAGCAGCGGCCUAUCUGGAAAAGCGUCUUCCCAGCCUAAUCAACCCAUAUGCUGUUGCCAUGGCAUCAUAUGCCCUGGCCAAUGAAAACAAACUGAACAAGGAGAUACUCUUCAAGUUUGCUUCCCCAGAGUUGUCCCACUGGCCAACACCUAUGGGACGUGUUUACACACUGGAGGCCACAGCUUACGCUCUCCUGGCUCUGGUCAAGGCCAAGGCCUUAAAAGAAGCCAUGCCUGUAGUAAGAUGGUUCAACAAACAGCGAAGAGUAAAUGGAGGCUUUGGAUCUACUCAGGCUAAUAUAAUAGUGUACCAGGCUAUAGCGGAGUACUGGACUAGUGCUGAAGAGCCAGAGUAUGAUCUGAAUGUGGACAUUUUAUUCCCGGGCAGGUCGAAGCCUGAAAAGUAUAACUUCAACAGGGACAACCACUACGCCACCAGAACAUCUAAAAUAAAAGACAUAAACCGAAAUGUGAAAGUGACUGCCACGGGCACAGGAGAAGCAACGCUGACAAUGGUGUCGCUGUAUUACGCUCUGCCCAAAGAAAAAGAGAGUGACUGUCAGAGGUUUAACUUGUCAGUGCAGCUCUUCCCAGAGAAAAUGGAUGAGGAUGAGAAAAUAUACAAGCUGAAAAUAGAGGUUUUGAACAAGGACAGAGAGCGCAAUGAAUCCAUUUCAAUCUUGGAUAUUGGCUUGCUAACUGGCUUCACUGCAAACACAGACGACCUGAGCUUAUUAUCCAAAGGACGUGCCCGAACCAUUUCAAAAUAUACAGUCAACCCUGCCCAGUCAGAAAGAAGCUCACUCAUCCUCUACCUGGAUAAGGUUUCUCACACACGACCAGAGGAGAUAACUUUUAGGAUCCAUCAGAAGCUGAAAGUGGGAGUCUUACAACCAGCUGCUGUGUCUGUCUAUGAAUUCAACAACCAUCAAUCCAGUAACCACACACAUUGUGUGAAAUUCUACCAUCCAGAGAGGAGAGGUGGGCAGCUUCUGCGGCUCUGUAGAAAUGAUCAAUGCGAAUGUGCAGAAGAGAACUGCAGUAUGCAGAAGAAGGGCAAUGUCAGCAAUGAUCAGCGCACAGCUAAGGCCUGUGAGACUGAAGUGCACAGUAAAAUAGAUUUUGUGUACAAAGUGAGACUGGAAGAUUUUACAGACGGCUUGUCUACUGAUAUUUACACAGUGCAGGUACUGGAAGUCAUCAAAGAAGGAAGUAAUGAUGUGGAUCCUAUGGGUAAAUUGCGCACAUUCCUCAGUUAUCGGCACUGCAGAGCUGCUUUAGAUCUGAGAACAGGCAAAACCUACCUUAUCAUGGGCGCAUCCAAAGAUAUCUACAAAGACGCACGCAGUCAAUCGUAUCAGUACGCACUCGCUGAGAGAACCUGGAUUGAGUACUGGCCCACAGAUGUAGAGUGUGAAACUGAUGAAUACGAUCCUAUCUGUGCUGGCAUAUUGGAAAUGGUCCAACAGUACACACAACAUGGAUGUCAGCAGAAGUGAUACGGAAGGAAAUGUAUCCCAGUAAGCACGGUGCUGUGAUAAGCCAAUUAAACACUUGGUUGAUUGACAGAACUGUUUUGAUUGUUUUACGUUUCUAAAAUGUGAGGAUUUUUCUGCAUAAAGCACUUUUACUUUUAAUACUUUUAUCCUGAUAAUACUUCAACAAUUUCACUUAAGUAUUAUUUUACAUGCAGGACUGUCACUUUAACAGAGUAUUUUUACAGUGUGGUAUUAGUACUUUUACUUAAGUAAUGGAUCUGAUUAUUUCUUCCACCACUGUUCAGAGUAUGAAUCAGACUGAUAUUAAUGAGCCUCGGACUUUUACUCUAGUGCCACCAGGAGGUCAAAGUUGUCACUGUAGUGAAAUAUCUCUAUAUCUACAAUGGAUUGGCAAAACAUUUAUACAAAAACUGUAUGCAUGGUUUGGAGAUGAUGUACAGUAUGUUAAUGACUUUUUUUAUUUUGUGUCACCGUGAGGUUCAGAUGUGUGGCUCCUGAUGGCCGGUAUAUCAGUUGUUGAAUUCCGGUUUUUCCCAAAAUCCCAACUAACAAAAUUUGUCCCAGUGCCUUGCUGAGCUAUUAAAGGAAUCAAAGACAA